CUGAUCAGGUGUCUAGUCAUGGAGAUAAGCGCACGGCACGCAGACGGCUGGCUGACUGCCAGCACACUGACAGCGAGCUGUGUGAUAGCGCAGGUGUAUUCAGGUGGGGAGUGAUGGGAAUUGCUCCCGCGGAACCAACCGUUGUGUCCUUUCAUAUGGUAGGUGACGGUCAAACCGAUACUGAAUCUUCCUUCCAGGUUGCCAGGCGUGACAUGAACAUAUCUUGUCUACAAAAGCCAGGUGGAGGUUCUCGAAAAAGGCACCUUAAAGCCCCUUUUGCCCAUGUCCCCCAUGGUUGAGAUAUUCCCCGCGUGGCACUGGCAGACUGGGGCAGCCAUCUUCAGUCUAUUAGGUGUUGCUGUCUACUCCUACCGUGCUCGCACAUCUAACUCCCUUCUACUACCCCUACCUCCUGGUCCAUCAGAGCCCCCUCUUGGGCAUUAGUAUGUCGUGGUUAUGCGAUAAUUUUAUGUACUAAUGUACAACAACAGUCCGCCCAGGAAGAUUGCUCAGUGGAUAAACGAAUACGGACCAGUCAUCUCUCUCAAGGAUGGAAAAAAUGUACUAGUCAUCGUGGGACGCUGCCAGGAAGCGAUUGAUAUCAUGGAGAAGCAAGGUGCAUUCCUCGCAGAUCGUCCUCGUUCAAUCGCUGGUGGUGACAUUCUUGGGAGAGGAAUGCGAUUCAUCCUACUUCGCUCUGGGGACAGGCUCCGCAGAUUUCGCAAGGCUUCGCAUACGCACCUCCAAGUGAAGUCUGCUCAGACUUACGAGCCAGUACAGUUCGCGCAUGCACGUGACAUUAUUUUGGACAUACUGCACGAGCCCAAAUUGCACCAGAGGCAUAUCAAACGUUUUGUAUCAUCUGUAAUUUUGCACGUCAUCUAUGGAAAGACAUCCCCUACAUUACUUGAUGACUCGUAUCUACUGCAGCUGCAAAAGAUGAUCCCAAAGGUUCAGAGCACGAUGAUGCCAGGUGCAUUCCUCGUUGAUGAAUACCCCAUCCUCAAAUAUAUCCCUGGCUAUGGACGAAAAUUGAAACAGUGGAGCCAGGAAGAAUACGACAUGUUUUUCGCGCAGCUAAAUCGGGCUAAAAAUCAAGUGGAAGGCUACAGUGCCCCUCAUUCAGUUGCAAAGGAUCUCCUUCAACACGUCAACGAUAAUAAGCUGUCUGGCGCGGAGAUUGCAUAUCUCUCCGGGGCCCUUGUCGGAGCAGGUUCCGAUACGACUGCUGUCGCGAUUUCGUCGGUCUUAAUGGCUGCUGCGCGUUUUCCACACGCACAGGCUCGUGUACACGAGGAGCUAGAAGCCAUCAUUGGCCGAGAGACUACUCCCACGUUCGAGGACUUGCCGCAGCUUGUUCAGCUUCAAGCCUUCAUUUUGGAAACAUUUCGAUGGAGGCCUAUCAACCCCUUAGGAAUCCCCCACCGCGCAACGAAAGAUAUCAUUUGGAACGGCAUGUGCAUCCCUGCCGGUGCCACUGUCUUCGGGAAUCAUUGGAGCAUCGGGCGUGACCCCUCCGUCUUCCACGAUCCCGAAGUAUUCAAUCCCCAACGAUGGAUUGGAGCAGACGGAGAAUUCACAGAGACCAUGAAUCUGUUCUCUUUUGGUUUUGGAAGACGUGCAUGUCCGGGGUUGCAUGUUGCUAAGCGAUCAGUGUAUAUCGCUGUCGCUAUCGUGUUCUGGUCCUUCACACUGGAAGAAGACCCAAGUAAUCCCAUUGACGAUACUGCCUUUACCCCUGGCAUAGUAUCACACCAAAAGCCUUUCGACCUCAUCUUCAAGCCCCGCAUGGAUGAAGCAGCAUUGAAACACAUCUUCUCUUAGACGGAGUGUGUUCAUGUGAACUGUCAAGUCUGUUAUCUUGCUAUUCAUUCCUAUCACCUUUUCUGGUAUGUGCC